UCGCCCAAUUCUCGCCAAGCCGGCCAAUCGGCCUCUGACCGUAACCCCGGCCACACUCCAUCACCCCGGCCGUCGCCGUCGGCCGUGCCUGGCCACAAACGGCGUCGAUUGAGGAAGCAAUACCCUUCCUCAACUCCGGUAGAUGAGGGCUCAAGGGUUGAAUUGGACGAAAACAUCAUGGCGUUGUGCCAUUGUCAAAUUACUGACCGGGGGUUCGCCGAUGCCACUGACAUGGUUGGACCCUCCAUCGAGGUCAUGAGACCUACCAGUACUCAAACUGCUCUAGACGCACCGUCGGGGUUCUUCACGGUCCAUCUGGCGUCUUUGAAGAAGGGGCUGCGCUUCCCACUCCACCCGUUGUUGAUCGAAUUCCUCAACGUGGUGGACCUUCUCCCGUGCCAACUGGUCCCCAACUCUCACCGGUACAUCGCCGGUUACCUGGUCCGGUGCAAAGAUGUAGGGGUGAAUCCGACCUUGGACCAUUUCAUAUUCACCUUCAAACUGACCAAGGGCCAUAAGGAUUGGGCGUCCUAUGCCAGUCUUUCCCAGAGGUCCAGUAAACUCUUUGCUAGUGAUAAGAAGGGGUCAACUAAAGAGUGGAAGCCUUUCUUUGUCUUCGUUUCGACGGGGCCCGAAUCUCCUUUCACGGGUUCAGGGCGACCUUCCUUCCGCCGCAUCCCAUGCCCCCCACCUGAUGCCACCCUUUUGUCCAUCACUCGCCAACUCUGCAACAAGGGAGUUAUGAACGUCAAAGAGGUGGUGACAGAGGAAACCCUUGCCGGGUUUGGGUUUGAGUUUGUUCAGGAUGAGCUUCGCCACCAACCCGACCUACUGAGGGACAUCCCCGGGGGGCAUCAGCCUGACCAGCUGAAGGACAUUCCUGAGGAAGUGGAAUUACAAGAUUCAGGAGAAGAGAUGGACAGCGAUCUCCUGCUCAGUCGCUUCACUGCAGGGAGGAAAAAGAAGAGAGAGACGAAGGGCCAGGGCAAACGUUCUUCAUCCCACCACGAGGAGGGUCCUUCUCGAGAGCCGGUCGUAACUGUGGUGGAGGACCAAGAAGAUGCUACCCAGGAACCGGGUACCAUGGCUGGCCAGUCCCUUCCACACCCCGUGAUGCAGGGUGGCGACCUCGCUGGGUCGUCUCAGGGCAUUGCCUUGGAGCGACCUCCAUCACCACCCGCAGUGACCUACGAGGUGGCGACCGGGGGUCGCUCGACGAGGCUCUGCAUCCCUCCCCUGCCCCAAAGCCUAGGGGACGUACAGCUGGAGACUCUUAUCACUCUGCCUGCAGAAGACCAG